AUGCUUCGGGCGCGAUUUACGAAACAUGAUACUGGGAAAUGGGAACAAUUCGUCUGUGACGAAAGCGUGCAUUCAUUUGCAUUCAGCGAACAUAGAUUACAGACGACUACUGAGAUUGCCAGCAUUACAGAAUCCCGGCACCAGGAGUUAAACAUAUACAGUGGUCCUGUUUUUGCAGCGGAUCUAUUUGUCGUCGCUGGAAAAACGCAGUUUCUUUUCCUUGUUGCGCACCAUCUCGUAAUUGACUUGGUUUCAUGGCGUACCCUAUGGUAUGAUCUCGAACACGCCAUCAAAACUGGAAACGCCCCAUCACAACCAAUAACCUCCUUCCAGGCGUGGUGUGAGUUACAGCAAGCCGAGGCUCAAUCACUGUCACUGGAUGAGGUUCUACCGUUCCCAAUCACCGAGCCGAACUUUGAAUAUUGGGGUUUAUCCGAGUCUGAGAAUACACAUGCCGGCAGCGUAGAGUACAACAGGCAUAUAGACACUGAAACUAGUUCUCUUCUUCUUGGCCAAAGCAACGCAGCUUUCAAUACAGAAGUGACUGAUAUCCUCGUUGGCAUUCUUACCUACUCUUUCUGCGAAGUCUUCCAGGAUCGUCAGCCUCCCGCAGUCUUCCUUGAAGGUCACGGGCGAGAGCCUAACGAUGAUGCCGAAAUUCUUAUCUUGGAUACGGUUGGAUGGUUCACGACUGUUUAUCCUAUUCAGAUCACAAAAGAGGCUGCUCAUGUGAUGGUUCAUUCUGUUAAGAUUGCCAAAGAUAUCCGACGUGCGUUUCCUGGAAAAGGCAGACCAUAUUUUGCCUACCGCUACCACAAUGCUGCAGGUCGAAAGCAGCUCAACAGCCAUAAUGUGCCGGAACUUGCAUUCAAUUAUACUGGCAUAUACCAGCAGCUUGAGGCUCGCAAGGGACUCUUCCAACUUGAAGACCAACACGGUGGUUCCGGAAGAUCGCUCAGUACGUCUUCAGACACAAGACGCCUUGCCUUGAUUGAGGUCUUGAUCAGUGUGUCGGAUGGAUGCAUUAAUAUUUCGAUUGGAAUUCAUCAGAAAAUGCGCCAUCAAAAUCUGUUGGGGGAUUGGGUGGACCUAUUUGUUCACAAUUUGAAAAUUGCUGCUAUUGACCUUGCAAGCAGAUCACCACAGGCCACUCCGAGUGAUUAUCCUUUAUUGAAAUUAUCCAACAAUCAGCUUGAGUAUGUUCUUCGCAGAAUCUCGAGUGAAUCAAGUAUUGGGAGAACAGAGAUAGAGAAUUUGUAUCCAUGUUCGCCUCUUCAGGAAGGCAUUCUAUUGAGCAUUGAAAAAGAAGCAGCCUCCUACGCGAACUACUUCAUCUGGACCUGUACCUUUCGAGGUGACGAGUUGGUUUCACCUGCCAAAUUGCAAAUAGCCUGGGAAUGUGUUGCCAAGCGUCAUUCGAUUCUAUCUACUGUUUUCGUGGAUUUACCGGGCGAGGGGCGGUUUGUUCAGGUGUUGCUUCAAGAUUACACACCGAGGACCUCAGUCGAACUGGAACCAUCUCGACAACCAGCUGACGUUUUGCGCAAAAAGGUCAGACCAAACUAUGCUCCUGGGGAGCCCAAUCACAGAUUCAUCAUCUGCCAAGGUAGCCAUGGGGAAAUUGCCUGCCGCCUGGAUAUCAACCACGCUUUGAUAGAUGCUGCAUCUAUCUCCAUUUUGAUGAAUGACCUGGUUAAAGUAUAUCAGGGUGAAAGUCUUCCACCAAAGAUUCCUUUCAGCCAUUUUAUCGAGAGUAUAGCGUCAAAACGCAAUUCGGCAAGCAUUGAUUUUUGGGCACGUUCAUUGACCAAUAUCAAGCCAUGCAAAUUUCCGACAGCGGAUCGUAUCAAGAAGCUGCAGGUCCGUCCCGAGCGUGUUUACGGUCAAAUAAACCUCCCGACCAGCGCACUUUCGGUCCUUCAUUCCUUUUGUCAGAAACGCCGAAUUACAAGAUCUGUCUUCAUCCAAGUUGCCUGGGCUCUGGUUUUAUCUCAAUUCACAGGGCUCAAGGAUAUUUGCUUUGGUUUCAUGGUGUCAAGCCGCGAUCUGCCAAUGAAGGGAAUCGAAAAUAUGGUCGGGCCUCUGGUCAACAUUUUAAUCAGCCGCAUUGACCUGAAUCAAUCCCAAAUGGAUAUAUUUGAGACGACUUACAGGCAAUCAGUAGAAACCCUACAGUAUCAGCAUGUUUCUGUGGCGGAAAUCCAACAUAGGUUAGGCUUUGGGGCUGAAGCUAUGUUCAACACUGCCAUGACAAUACGUGAGACCCGUCAGACUGCUGGGAAUCGGACCGAAGGCAUCAUAUUUGCAGAGGUGGAAAGUCAAGACCCAGAUGAAGUAUGA